CCAGGGCUGGAGAGAUCUGCAUGCCGGGGAAGCAUCAAGGCAAAAAAAAAAAAAAAAAAAAAAAAAAGCGCGGAGCCUCGCCUGCCUGGCAGAUCUUCUUUUGGAGGGGAGCUGCACCACAUUCCUGUGAACUAUAACUGCUUUGAAUGGCAUGUGGCUUGUAACUUUACUUCUGCUGUAUUCUUUGCAAGAAGUCAACAGCGAAGAUGUUGUCUCUACGCGGCUGUACUUUGUGAACGCCUCCCUGCAGCGGGUGACCUUCUCCAGCUCGGUGGGGGUGUCCCUGCCCUGCCCCGCGGGCGGCGCCCCCCAUGCCGUCCUGCGCUGGUACCUGGCCGCCGGAGACGACAUUUACGACGUGCCCCACAUCCGCCAUGUGCACGCCAACGGCACCCUCCAGCUGUACCCCUUCUCUCCCUCCGCCUAUAACAGCAUCAUCCACGACAACGAGUACUUCUGCACCGCAGAGAACCAGGCGGGAAAAAUCCGGAGCCCCAGCAUUCACAUCAAAUCAGUGUUCCGAGAGCCAUAUACAGUCCGUGUGGCUGACCAGCGCUCCAUGCGAGGUAAUGUCGCUGUCUUCAAGUGCCUCAUCCCCUCUGCUGUCCAGGAGUACGUCAGCGUGGUGUCCUGGGAGAAAGACACCGUGUCCAUUGUCCCAGGUAACCGUUUCUUCUUGACCUCAUUUGGGGCUCUGUAUAUCUCAGAGGUACAGAAGGAAGACGCUCUGUCCACCUAUCGCUGUAUCACAAAGCACAAGUACAGUGGCGAGACUCGGCAGAGCAAUGGAGCCAGGCUCUCUGUUAUGGACCCUACGGAGUCCACCCCGUCAGUACUUGACAGUUUCCAAUCCGGUGAGGUGAAGGUAGGGAAUAGUGUGGAGCUGCCCUGCAUCGCAUCAGGCUACCCAAACCCUACCAUCAGGUGGUUAAAGGAUGGGCGGCCGCUGCCGGCAGACUCCCGCUGGACGCGCCGCAUCACGGGCCUCACGAUUUCUGACUUGAGGCUGGAAGACAGCGGCAACUACAUCUGCGAGGUCACCAACAGCUUCGGCUCCAAAGAGGUGACGGGUCACCUCAACGUCAUCGAACCCCUGCGGGUAACCUUGUCCCCCAAGAACCUCAAGACGGGCAUCAGCAGCACGGUCAUCCUAUCUUGUGCCGUCCAGGGUUCUCCCCACUAUUCCGUGUCGUGGUACCGUAACACUGAACCCGUCCUGCCCGACCAGCACUUCUCCAUCCAAGGCGCUCACAACGAGACCUUGUUCAUUUCGGCGGCCCAGAAAAGACACUCAGGCGCUUAUCAGUGCUUUGCCACACGCAAAGCCCAAACUGCCCAGGACUUCUCCAUCAUACUGCUGGAAGAUGGUACUCCGCGUAUUGUGGCCUCCUUCAGUGAGAAGGUGGUGGUCCCGGGAGAGCCGUUUUCCCUCAUGUGCACCGCCAAAGGAGCGCCUCCGCCGACCAUCACCUGGACCCUGGACGACGAGCCCGUGGCCCGCGACCUGUCCCGCGUGCGGGCCAGCCAGUACACGCACUCUGAUGGGAGCACCGUGAGCUACGUCAACGUCAGCAACCCCCAGAUCCGCGACGGAGGAUUGUAUCGGUGCGCCGCACGAAACUCGGCCGGUAGCGCCGAGUACCAAGCGCGCAUAAACGUAAGAGGCAAUCCAAGGAUUCGGCCGAUGAAAAACAUCACGGCUGUGGCAGGACGCAGCUCUUUUGUAAACUGCCGUGUGAUCGGCUACCCAUAUUAUUCCAUCAACUGGUACAAGGAGGGGCUUCUGCUACCUGACAACCAUCGUCAGGUGGUGUUUGAAAACGGCACCCUGAAGCUUACCGAUGUCCAGAAGGGGAUGGACGAGGGGGCUUAUAUCUGUAGUGUGCUCAUACAACCUCAGCUAUUCAUCAAGCAGACUGUAUACGUAACAGUCAAAGUUCCUCCGCUGAUCCAGCCAUUUGACUUUCCGCCAACUUCCAUUGGCAAGCUGAUGUACAUCGCUUGCGUGGUGGCGUCCGGAGACAUGCCCAUCCGCAUCACGUGGCGCAAGGACGGCCAGGAGAUUGUGCCUUCGUCGGGCAUCACCAUCGACACCAAAGAGUUCAUGAGCUCCCUGCAGAUCUCCAAGGUGUCACUGAAGCACAAUGGAAACUACACCUGCAUCGCCAGCAAUGACGCUGCCACUGUCAGCACUGAGAGGCAGCUCACUGUCACAGUGCCUCCUCGUUUUGUGGUGCAGCCCAACAACCAGGACGGAAUCUAUGGGAAGUCUGGUAUUCUAAACUGCUCAGUUGAUGGAUACCCUCCUCCCAAAGUCAUGUGGAAGCACGCCAAAAGUGCACUAGCGGGUAUCGGGAGCCCACAGCAGUACCACCCUGUGCCUCUGACGGGCCGCAUACAGAUCAUGAACAACGGCUCGCUGCUCAUCCGCCACGUACUGGAGGAGGAUCGUGGCUUCUACCUGUGUCAGGCCUCCAACGGGGUGGGCUCUGAUAUCAGCAAGAGCAUGGUGCUCACUGUUAAGAUCCCAGCCAUGAUCACAAGUCAUCCCAACACCACCAUGGCCAAGAAGGGUCACGUUAAGGAGCUAAACUGCACAGCCAGGGGAGAAUGGCCCAUCAUCAUCCGCUGGGAGAGAGGCGACACAGUCAUUGACCCUGACCGCAAUCCCCGCUACUCUAUUACCACCAGCCCCAACGAGAAGACAGACGAGGUGUUGUCCACCCUCAAGCUGAAACCAGCAGAGCGUGAGGACUCGGUCUUCUUCUCCUGUCACGCAAUCAACUCGUACGGCGAAGGACGAGGCCUCAUUCAGCUCACUGUGCAAGAGCCCCCAGACCCUCCAGAGCUGGAGGUGCGAGAAGUGAAAGAUCGCAGUAUGAACCUGCGAUGGACACAGAGGUUCGACGGGAACAGCGUCAUCACCUCCUAUGACAUCGAGUAUAAGAACAAGACUGAUAACUGGGAGCUGAAGCAUGCCACUCGAAACAUCUCCCCCACUAACAAUCAGGCCAACAUUGUGGACCUUCACCCGGCCUCCGUCUACAGCAUCCGUAUGUACUCCUACAACGCCAUCGGCAAGAGCGAGGCCAGUAAGGAGCUCACCAUCAGCACGGAAGAAGCUCAGCCUGAUGGUCCUCCCAUGGACGUGAUCCUGCAGCCGGUGACCUCUCAGAGUAUCAGGGUUACUUGGAAGGCUCCCAGGAAGGAGCUGCAAAAUGGAGUGAUCCGGGGUUACCAAAUUGGCUACAGAGAGAACGGCCCAGGCAGCAGUGGCCAAUACAGCAUUGUGGAGAUGAAGGCCACCGGAGACAGUGAGGUGUACACGCUGGACAACCUCAAGAAGUUUGCGCAGUACGGCGUGGUGGUUCAGGCCUUCAACAGAGCUGGCACCGGGCCCUCCAGCUCCGAGAUCAAUGCGACCACACUUGAAGAUGUUCCCAGCCAGCCUCCUCAGAAUGUGCGUGCCAUUUCUGUCACAUCGGAUGAGGCUGUCAUCUCUUGGGCCGAACCCCCCAGGAUGACUCUACAUGGCGUUUUGAAGGGCUACCGUGUCGUCUUUUGGGCUGUCUUCCCUGACGGAGAGUGGGGUGAAAUGCAGAACAUCACCACAAGCAAGGAGCAGGUGGAGCUCCGGGGCCUGGAGAAGUUCACCAACUACAGCAUCCAGGUGCUGGCCUACACACAGGCUGGCGAUGGCGUGCGCAGCAAUGUCCUGUACAUCCAAACCCGCGAAGACUACCCUGGGCCCCCAGCUGGCAUCAAAGCUGUGCCCUCUUCCGCCAGCAGUGUUGUGGUAUCCUGGUUACCUCCUCAUAAACCAAAUGGAAUCAUCCGCAAGUACACCAUCUACUGCUCGAGCCCUGGAUCAGGCCAACCGAUGCCCAGCGAAUAUGAAGCUAACCCAGAGCUCGUCUUCUACCGCAUCAGCCAUCUCAACCACAGGCAGCAGUACUUGAUCUGGGCUGCAGCCGUCACCACUGCAGGACGCGGAAACUUCAGCGACAAGGUCACAGCUGAGCCCGCCGCCAAGGCCCCUGCUAAGAUCCUGUCAUUUGGUGGUACAGUGACGACUCCGUGGAUGAAAGAGGUACGGCUGCCCUGCAGCUCUGUUGGAGAACCAACACCAACCAUUAAAUGGACCAAAGACAGUGACAACACAGCUAUCCCAGUGUCUCUGGAUGGACAGCGUCUCAUCAUGGCCAAUGGCACCCUUGUGCUACGCACUGUCAAAGCUGAAGAUUCUGGCUACUACACCUGCACCGCCACCAACACGCUGGGCUUUGACACCAUCAUUGUCAAUCUUUUAGUGCAAGUUCCUCCAGACCAGCCUCGUCUCACAGUGUCCACCACCUCCACUUCCUCCAUCACUCUGGCAUGGAUACCAGGCGAUAACGGCGGAAGCUCUAUCAGGGGUUUUGUGCUGCAGUACUCCGUGGACAACACAGAGGAGUGGAAAGAUGUGUUCAUCAGCUCCACCGAGCGCGCCUUCAAACUGGACAACUUGCGCUGCGGCACCUGGUAUAAAGUCAAGCUGGCGGCGAAGAACAGCGUCGGAGCGGGACGCAUUAGCGAGAUCAUCGAAGCCAAGACCCACGGCCGAGAGCCCCAGUUUAACAAGGACCAGCCCGUAUUCACCCACAUCAACUCCAGCCACGCCCGCCUCAACCUGCAGGGCUGGGCCAGCGGUGGCUGUCCCAUCAGCGCCGUGACACUGGAGUUUCGCCCAAAAGGUACGUGGGCGUGGCAGAACGUGCGCACCAACGCCACCAAAGACGUGUUCCUGGCCGAGCUGCGUGAGGCCACCUGGUAUGAGCUGAAGAUGAAAGCAUGUAACAGUGCUGGGUGUGGCAACCAGAGCUCCCAGUUUGCAACGCUGGAUUACGACGGCAGCACAAUUCCUCCAAUCAAGUCCCCUUUGGAAAAGAACGACGACGUCAAGAAGCUGUUUUCUAUUGGCUGCCCUGUGAUCCUGGUCACUCUCGGUGUGGCACUGCUCUUCAUCGUACGCAAAAAACGCAAAGAAAAGAGGCUGAAGAGACUCCGAGAUGCCAAAAGCCUAGCAGAGAUGCUGAUCAGUAAAAACAACAGAAGCUUUGACACCCCAGUGAAGGGGCCGCCUCAGGGCCCGCGCUUGCACAUCGACAUCCCGAGAGUGCAGCUGCUGAUCGAAGACAAAGAGGGCAUCAAGCAGAUCGGCGAGGACAAAGCCACCAUACCUGUGACAGACACCGAGUUCAAUCAGACCGGGAACCCACAAAGCUUCUGCGCAGGUGUGUCCGUUCACCACCCUGCUCUCAUCCAGAACACUGGUCCUUUGAUUGACAUGUCAGACAUCAGACCAGGAACCAAUCCAGUUUCGAGGAAGAGUGUCAAAUCAGCCCACAGCAUCAGGAACCGCUACUCUAGUCAGUGGACUCUGACCAAGUGUCAGGCCUCCACGCCCGCUCGCGUCCUCACCUCGGACUGGCGCACGGUCACCUCGCAGCACGGCAUCACCGUCACCGAGAGCGACAGCUACAGUGCCAGCCUCUCGCAGGACACAGAUAAGGGUCGUAACAGCAUGGUGUCGACAGAGAGCGCCUCGUCCACCUACGAGGAGUUGGCCAGGGCGUACGAACACGCCAAGCUAGAGGAGCACCUGCAGCACGCCAAAUUCGAAAUCACCGAGUGCUUCAUCUCCGACAGCUCCUCCGACCAGAUGACCACGGGUACCAACGACAACGCCGACAGCAUGACGUCUAUGAGCACGCCCUCGGAGCCCGGCAUUUGCCGCUUCACCGCCUCGCCGCCCAAGCCCCAGGACUAUGAUCGUGGCAAGAAUGUAGCCGUGCCCAUCCCGCACCGCGCCAAGAGUGACUAUUGCAACAUUCCCCUCUACAUGAAGUCAGACCCCUUCUUCCGAAAGCAGUCGGAGCAGCGUGACCCGUGUCCAGUGGUUCCCCCCCGUGAAGCCUCCAUCCGCGGCCUGGCCCAGCGGGCGUACCACACCCAGGGCCGUCACAUGACUAUGGAUUCUGCCAAGCAGCAGGCCCUCACCAUGGGCCACGCCGGCCUGUCCAGCCUCACCUCCACCGGGGCGUCCGCCGGAGGAGCCGCUGGAGGAGGGGAAGGCAUGUCCGCCAGCUCCAGCAGCUCCACGCUCCCCCAGAGGACUCUCACUAUGCCGGGGUCCUCGGCCACGGGGGCCCAGGGCGCGGCCGCUGUCACCGCCGCCGCCACUGGGGCAUCGUCAUCCUCCGGUGGGGCUGUGGGGGCCACGGGAGGCACGCCCGCUAGCGCCUCCUCCUCCUCCAAGUUGGCAGGAUCCAGAGACUCUCUUUUGGAGAGCAGCUCGUCAGGAUUGGGCAGACUACAGAAGCAGAGGGAUGGGGGUGCGGGGGCCUACUCCAAGUCAUACACACUGGUGUAGCCUGACAUGGUGGCGGCUAAUUAAAAAGAUUAGUGGUCAAAUGCGGGGUGAAGAAGACACCGAUGCCCGGCUCCUCACCCGUAGGUGCCUGCUCUGUGCCGCGCCGCAGGGGGCUGCUCGGGCUCCCAUCGACACUGCAGUAAGGAGGAGUUGGGGGGUCUCCGCAGCACAGAGGGGUUGCCUUUCUUUCUGCCUGAUUGCUUUUCUCCCCAUCUCUUUUACGCCGCCACUUCCCAAAACACGAUUUAUUUGUCCACUUUUCAUGUCCUGCUUCGGACCCCCACUUAUCCAAGGUAUGCACAAAAUCCUCUCCACGUGCUGCAAGAGGUGGUUGCUUGAAUUUCCCACUGGUUAUGUUUGAGGUUGAAAGGAGCUCAUAUCACAGCAUUGUGCCACGUCACGAUGCUUUUACUGUAUGCGUUAGCCACCCGACUCGGUGGCGUUUGCUCCAUGAAAUGUCUUUUCCGUACAAUGUAUCAUGGAAAAAAAUAUGUCAAUGUCAUUUCUGGCAUUGGGGAAUAUAAUCUCAUAUAUGAGGAUUAUCAAACCCGUGUGUGUGUGCGUGUGGAUGUAUAUGUGUAAAUAUAUACAAUAUACAGUAUGUGCACGUGUGGCAGGCACACAACAAUGGUGGACCUUUUUAAAAGUCAAUCUGUAUGUUGAGCGUCUAAAUACUAAAACCCAGAGUCCAUUUUUGACUUAUGAAGCUGAACUUUGAAUUUAUUGUUUAAUGGUAAUAUUAUUUGUGAUUGAAAGAAAGGUAACGGGUAGGUACCAAGCAACUCUUUUGCAGUUCAUCAAGAUGCCACAAUCGUAAUUCAGUGGUGUAGUCAUUCUACAAGAAGCCCUUUCCAUACUGUACCUUCCCCCAGGGUCACGGUGACUAGCAAACACGUAGAGACGCAUAACGAUGGAAGCUGUCACUUCACGAGACGACUCUCACGUUGCGCUUCUAGGAAGACGGCUAGGCUGUGUUCAAAAUCACUCCCCGUCCACUACAUAGUGCCCUAUAUUGAGUUUGCCAUUUUGUAGUGUUGUCCCAAUGUGAAGUCAGUGUAGCUUUUCCCAACCUUUAUUGAGCCAAACCUUUACAUUCGAGAAAAAAAUCUCAGAAAACACCACCGAACAAAUAUGUCGCAAAAAGUGGGGGCACAGGUUAAUCAUGUACCUUCUGCCAUCUAGUGGAAGAGCAUUUAAUUGUUCUGUCUUUCACUCUACAUUAUGUCGCUGGCAUAGGUAGUUGAACCAAGAUGCAUUAUUUGUAGUGUAUAAUUUUUGGCCCAAUUAAGUAAAAUCGGAUGACUUCCCGCGGCACACCUGAUGAUCUCUCAUGGCACACGAACGUCCACAAUGCAUCAUGAAAAGUCGCGAACAACAACGGUCACUAGAAAGUCAAUAUAUUCCAUGAUGUAUUGAGCCCA